AAUAAAAAAUAAAAAAAAAAAAAGAUGAAAGCCCAAGAGCUGAAAACCCUAGUUAUAUAUUAUGCGUCUCCACUCCACUCCUGUGCCUCUCGUCUCCCUUUGCACAAACCCUAACACCUAAAAGCCAGAAGAAGCGAAAUCGUAAUCGCAAUCUAGCGGAUAUGAAGGUCGUCGCUGCAUACUUGCUCGCAGUGUUGGGAGGGAAUCCAUCUCCUUCUGCCGAUGAUAUCAAAAACAUCCUCGGCGCAGUUGGAGCUGAGGCUGAGCAUGAGUUGAUUGAGUUGCUCUUGACCGAAGUCAAGGGCAAAGACUUCAAUGAGCUACUUGCUAGUGGAAGUGAAAAGAUUUCUGCAGUGGCUGGUGGUGGUGCAGCGGUUGCUGUUGCUGCUGCACCAGCAGGAGGUGCUGGUGGCGGUGCUGCACCUGCUGCCGAAGUAAAGGAAGAAAAGAAAGUAGAAGAGAAGGAGGAAUCUGAUGAUGAUAUGGGUUUCAGUUUGUUCGACUAAAAGGUCUGAAGUGUUUUUUGUGUUUUUACAUUUGGAGUUCUAUUUAGUAUUUUAUCCCAAUCACAAGGUUUUGUUACCUGAGUUACAUAUUGUUUUAGGUUUAUGGGUUUUGCUUCUUCACAUCGGAGACAAUGUAAUGUUAUCUGAUAUAAUCUAGUAAUGUUUGAAUUUAAUUUUUUUGA